AUGGGUUCUUCAUCAGGUUUUAAGCUGCUGAUUCUAUUAGCACUCUUUACAACCUCGUGCAUGGCACAAGCACCAGCAGGGGCACCAAAGGUCUCACCCACCGCCACCCCAACACCAGCCCCCGCGGUGGGGACACCAGCUCCAUCACCGGCUCCAUCGUCUCCUUCUCCAGCUCCGGCUCCGGCUUCAGUUCAAACUCCAAGUCCAUCACCUGCCCCCGGAACUGAAACCGGAACCCCAUCUCCUGCACCAGGAGUAAGUGCACCAUCUGCACCCACCCCUGGCCCUGGGGGUCCUGCACCAGGAGGCAGUGCACCAUCUGCACCCACCCCUGGGGUUCCCACAGAAGGCCCAAGUGCUGAUCAGACGCCAUCUGAUGGUUCAAAUGACGGGUGGGUCAACAGGGCGGCGAUUGGCGGCACUGCCUUCGCUGCAACACUUGUGUCGGUGGCGUUGAUGUAG